AGGGAGGGUCCCCGCUUAGUGAGAAAAUGAGCAGACUGGAGAGACCCUGUGCCUCCGGCGAUCACCCCUCUGUCCCCCCGGGCCCAGCCCUAAGCAGCCACGGAUCCACUUCCCGUGCCCGUUCCGGACGCUUCACGUGGAUGGAGGCGUGGGUUGCGGCCUUCGCGUUUGGCUUCCUGGACCUAGCACGAGGUUUUCCAGGAGUGGGCUUUCGUGAACACUGAUAUCUUUGCCAGGACCAAGAUCGACCCCAGUGCCUUGGUGCAGAAGCUGGACCUGGACGCCAGGAGCGUUACUUCCAUCAGGAAAGGCACAGAGGCGAAGGCUGUUAUGCCCAAGAAGGAGAAACUGAAGCUGAGACGCGAGAGGUGGCUGCAGAAAAUCGAAGCCCUGAAGCUGGUGGAGCAGGAGCGCAGGGCAGAGCGGAGGCGCAGGGCCACCGUGGUGGUGGGGGACCUGCAGCCCCUGAGGGACGCCCUCCCCGAGCUGCUGGAGCUGGGGGCCGGUGGCAGGCGGCAGCCCACCAGAGGCCGGGCAGGCAGCAAGCCACGACCAGCCGAGCUGAGCCGGAUGAGUGCGGCGCAGAGGCUCCAGCUCCUCGAGGAAGAAAGGACCCGCUUUCGGGAGCUGCUGGCCAGUCCAGCCUAUAGAGCCAGCCCCCUGCUGGCCAUCGGGCAGCAGCUGGCCCAGCAGAUGCAACUGGACCGUGGCGCGCAGCCCUGACCCGGCCCGGGGGCAUGCCUGGAGCUCCGAGGACGCACACAAGGUGCCCAGAGAGGGCCGACUCCUCACCGUCGUCACUCUGAGCCUGGUGGACAGCCAGCGCACCGCCACCUGGUUCUUUUUCAGUUAUUAGGGAAUGGGUAGGGGCAGAGCCCCCUGCAAGGAUGAAUAAAUGCUGGAUAAACUCAG